AUGGUGGAUAAAAACAGGACGUUGCAUGAAUUGUCUUCAAAAAAUUUUAGCAGAACGCCGAAUGGACUGAUUUUUACCAAUGAUUUAAAGACCGUAUAUUCCAUUUUUCUUAUUUGUUUAGAUUUGAAAGAGAAAAAGAACAACAGUGAUACCAAAUCGUUCUUAUUAACACCAUUUACUAAACACUUCCACUUUAGCUUCACAUAUCAGGAAGCUAUUAAAGCAAUGGGUCAGUUGGAACUAAAAGUGGAUAUGAACACAACUUGCAUUAAUGUUUCAUACAAUAUUAAACCCGGUUUGGCCCGUCACCUUCUUACAUUAUUCAUGUCUUCUAAGCUACUACAUACACCACAGGACAGAACUCGUGGCGAGCCUAAGGAGAAAGUUCUUUUUCAACCGACACCUAAGGGGGUCGCUGUUUUACAAAAGUACGUUAGAGAUAUUGGGUUGAAAAAAAUGCCUGAUAUUCUUUUGUCAUCGUUUAACUCUAUGAAACUUUUUUCUUUUGAGAGAAGCUCCGUUACGGAUUCAAUUAUUCAUAGUGAUUAUUUGAUCCAUAUACUUUUCAUCAAAAUGAUGGGUGCCAAGCCCAAUGUUUGGUCCCCAACAAAUGCCGAUGAUCCAUUACCUUGCCUAUCUUCGUUGUUAGAAUACACCAAUAAUGAUGAUACAUUUACUUUUGAGAAAUCUAAGCCAGAGCAAGGAUGGCAAGCUCAGAUUGAAAAUAUUGAUAUCAAUGACUCAGAAAGGGUAUCACCAUUAGCUCAUCGGUUCUUUACGAAUCCAGAUUCCGAGUCUCACACGCAAUACUAUGUUUCCGAUGCAGGAAUUAGGUUGUUUGAGGAUAAAGCCUUUGGCACUUCCAAAAAAAUUACGAUUAAGUACACUUUUACAACAAAAGCUAUAUGGCAGUGGAUAAUGGAUUGCACUGAUAUAAUGCACGUUAAAGAAGCGGUCUCUUUGGCAGCUUUAUUUUUAAAAAUGGGGCUGGUUGUACCAGUUCUUUUACAACCAUCACGCACUGACAAGAAAAAGUUUCAAAUCAGCAGAUCUUCAUUUUUUACCUUGUCCAAACGUGGUUGGGAUUUGGUUUCUUGGACAGGUUGUAAGAGCAAUAACGUUCGAGCACCAAAUGGUAGCACAAUAGAUCUAGAUUUUACAUCAAAGUGUCACAUGACUGUUCGUGAUGAAAAAAGGACACUGGAUGAGAGCGAAGGUUUUUCCCAAGACAUACUUAUCUCUUCGAGUAAUCUAAAUAAACUGGACUAUGUGUUAAAUGACCCAGGUAUGAGAUAUUUAUUCAGACGCCAUCUGGAAAAAGAAUUUUGCGUAGAAAACCUGGACGUAUUUAUCGAAAUUAAGAGAUUCUUAAAGAAAAUGACAAUCCUGAAGAAAUUGAUAGAUUCUAAGCAUUGUAAUAAAAAAAUUAAUAUCGGUUGUUCAAAAAACAAUAUUGUAAAAACUAUUGAUUCAGCUUUGAUGAAACAGGCCAACGAGUGCCUUGAAAUGGCGUAUCACAUUUACUCGUCCUAUAUCAUGAUAGGAUCACCAUAUCAGUUAAAUAUCCAUCACAACUUGCGUCAGAACAUUUCUGACAUUAUGCUACACCCACAUUCUCCAUUAUCAGAACAGUUUCCUACUAGUCUAGAUGAUUCAUUGCUUGAAUGCGCGGAAUCAAAAGCUUCAUUAAUCGGUUCAACGGACGGUAACACGUUGGAUGAACCUCCGGAAGUCAUUCUCAAACCUUCGAGGACUCUUUCAAAUGAAAACUGUCUAUUUAAAAAGCAAGGAUCCAAACAACAAUUAAAAGAAUAUAAACCUGCCCCGCUAACUCUGGCAGAAGCACAUUCUACCAAUUCAUCGGUAGAAAAUCCUCAUACAAUUGUACAGUAUGGCACCGACGAUACCCAAAAUAGUACCAGAUCGUAUGGUUCAUUACCAGCAACUUUGAAGGUCCUUAGGAAAUUAUAUCCCCUUUUCGAGAUCGUCAGUAAUGAAAUGUAUAGGCUGAUGAACAACGAUUCCUUUCAAAAAUUUACCCAGUCAGACGUAUACAAAGAUGCCAGCGCUUUACUAGAAAUCCAAGAAAAAUGCUAA